AGCCGCCGAUCUCUUUGAUCGAAAUCGACCCUUUUUUUCAUGAGCAAAACAAAAAUCCUCAAAUUUGUUGAACGCGCGUAGAACGUUCGUAACGUUUACAGUGGUGUUUUGCUUGUCUUUGCAAGGGUGAACGGAAGUGACAUACGUACGUCCAUUUUUCGAGUGUAUAGAAAAAAAGGUAGAGAUUGCCAACGAGGCGCGGCAAACAACCUCGGGCUACGAUUCCAGAACGUAUCUACUCAAUUGUUUAUAUAAAGAAGUAUCAACAAAAAUAUCACAUGGCGUUGACUUUGAAAAAACCUCUCACUUUGACAAUCUAUCUGCAGAUUUGUAUCAUCAUGUCAAUUUUCUGCUCUACCGGAUGCGCGGCCGGGUGUCUGAGCUAUGGAAAUGCUUGUUGGGGAGCGCACGGAAAACGCAGCGAUAUUCGAGAUAAACACACCAUGCGCAUCUUGACUCUGCUAAACGGAUUCCCACAAAAUGGCGGGAUUAUACCUUCCUCCAAAGCGCAAUGGGUUUUGUCCCGUUUUAACACCGGACAGCCCAUGUUACCACUGACGGAUAAAUAUCAUGUUAGAUGGGACGACUUCCCUAACGACAAAUCAUACCUUCCACUGAAAUGGGAUUAUAACACGGCACCGAUAGCUGAUGAAAGCAUUGAGUCGAUCAGAAGUUCAUUUAACAACAGAAAAGAAAACAAUGCAAGGAAAAUUAGCAACAUACAAGGUACAAUGCGUAACAUGAACCAAAAAUUUAAAGACAACUCGGAAAUCCUUUUAAUUUCACCUGGUGAAUACGAUAAGCCAAUUAACGACCCUCAAAAGUUAGAUAUACUUAAGUUACUGAAUGAAAGGAAUGAAGAUACGAAAUAAACCGAGUAUAAAAGACUGCAAAAUAUUGCGAGAAAACACAGUUUUCAAAGAACAAAUCUUACUGUCGGAAUGAAAAUGUAACGAUUCUCCGUAAAAAAACAUGUGUACGUGUUUUCUUAUUAAAUUCUAAUUUGAUUUGGUGCUCUCUCUCUCUCUCUCUCUCUCUCUCUCUCUCUCUCUCUCUCUCGCUUUUUCUAAAUUAUACAAGUCACUUUGAAAAUUAGAUUUAUCUUUAACAUAUAACUUUCAAUAACUUGCAAUAGCGAUUUUGUUGCAAUAAAAUAUUCAAUAACAAUUUAACCGAUUUCUACAAUAUUCUGUUUCAACUACCAAGACUGUACAUGUAUAUCUACUAGAGUAAUUAUCUAUGUAAAAUUUGAUGCUUUUUCUGUUCCUUCUACUCUGUAAAUCUUACCAAAUAAAUCUGAGGAAAGCUUAAUUUUAUUUUAUAUUAAUUAAUAUAUGCAUAUCAAAAAUUAAUUACUGAAAUAAAACGAGUAUCAACGAAAUCUUGUAAAAGUAUGUAUUAUUGUAGAAAAGUAAAAUGAUCUCAAACAUAC